AUGAAGCACGCGGACGACCAACACUACGAUGAGGACUCACUACAUUCACAUCGGUUGUCUGAAACAGAUCGGCUACUCCAGAUACACGAGGAGUGCCUGAAGACUUCGGCGUUUUCAUCAAUCGACGAACACCCGUCAGCGGAGUCUUCGAAAAAGUUCGCUUCGUACUACGUGGUGUCGACGAUGCACUUUGCUUCGCAGAUGACGCUCGUGGACGACCAACACUACGAUGAGGACUCACUACAUUCACAUCGGUUGUCUGGAACAGAUCGGCUACUCCAGAUACACGAGGAGUGCCUGAAGACUUCGGCGUCUUCAUCAAUCGACGAACACCCGUCAGCGGAGUCUUCGAAACAGUUCGCUUCGUACUACGUGGUGUCGACGAUGCACUUCGCUUCGCAGAUGACGCUCGUGGACGACCAACACUACGAUGAGGACUCACUACAUUCACAUCGGUUGUCUGGAACAGAUCGGCUACUCCAGAUACACGAGGAGUGCCUGAAGACUUCGGCGUCUUCAUCAAUCGACGAACACCCGUCAGCGGAGUCUUCGAAACAGUUCGCUUCGUACUACGUGGUGUCGACGAUGCACUUCGCUUCGCAGAUGACGCUCGUGGACGACCAACACUACGAUGAGGACUCACUACAUUCACAUCGGUUGUCUGGAACAGAUCGGCUACUCCAGAUACACGAGGAGUGCCUGAAGACUUCGGCGUCUUCAUCAAUCGACGAACACCCGUCAGCGGAGUCUUCGAAACAGUUCGCUUCGUACUACGUGGUGUCGACGAUGCACUUCGCUUCGCAGAUGACGCUCGUGGACGACCAACACUACGAUGAGGACUCACUACAUUCACAUCGGUUGUCUGGAACAGAUCGGCUACUCCAGAUACACGAGGAGUGCCUGAAGACUUCGGCGUCUUCAUCAAUCGACGAACACCCGUCAGCGGAGUCUUCGAAACAGUUCGCUUCGUACUACGUGGUGUCGACGAUGCACUUCGCUUCGCAGAUGACGCUCGUGGACGACCAACACUACGAUGAGGACUCACUACAUUCACAUCGGUUGUCUGGAACAGAUCGGCUACUCCAGAUACACGAGGAGUGCCUGAAGACUUCGGCGUCUUCAUCAAUCGACGAACACCCGUCAGCGGAGUCUUCGAAACAGUUCGCUUCGUACUACGUGGUGUCGACGAUGCACUUCGCUUCGCAGAUGACGCUCGUGGACGACCAACACUACGAUGAGGACUCACUACAUUCACAUCGGUUGUCUGGAACAGAUCGGCUACUCCAGAUACACGAGGAGUGCCUGAAGACUUCGGCGUCUUCAUCAAUCGACGAACACCCGUCAGCGGAGUCUUCGAAACAGUUCGCUUCGUACUACGUGGUGUCGACGAUGCACUUCGCUUCGCAGAUGACGCUCGUGGACGACCAACACUACGAUGAGGACUCACUACAUUCACAUCGGUUGUCUGGAACAGAUCGGCUACUCCAGAUACACGAGGAGUGCCUGAAGACUUCGGCGUCUUCAUCAAUCGACGAACACCCGUCAGCGGAGUCUUCGAAACAGUUCGCUUCGUACUACGUGGUGUCGACGAUGCACUUCGCUUCGCAGAUGACGCUCGUGGACGACCAACACUACGAUGAGGACUCACUACAUUCACAUCGGUUGUCUGGAACAGAUCGGCUACUCCAGAUACACGAGGAGUGCCUGAAGACUUCGGCGUCUUCAUCAAUCGACGAACACCCGUCAGCGGAGUCUUCGAAACAGUUCGCUUCGUACUACGUGGUGUCGACGAUGCACUUUGCUUCGCAGAUGACGCUCGUGGACGACCAACACUACGAUGAGGACUCACUACAUUCACAUCGGUUGUCUGGAACAGAUCGGCUACUCCAGAUACACGAGGAGUGCCUGAAGACUUCGGCGUCUUCAUCAAUCGACGAACACCCGUCAGCGGAGUCUUCGAAACAGUUCUCUUCGUACUACGUGGUGUCGACGAUGCACUUCGCUUCGUAG